UCCAUGUUGUUAGUUCCUGCUUUGAAUUCAAGGGACAUCCUCAGACCGCCAACGGCAGAACACCCUAAACCACUUCACUCUGAACAUAACCUGGAAUAACACAGCUGAUGUGUUACUCUGCAUACAGUCAUUGAAACAAACAGCAACCAGAAGACUGAACAACACAAUGACCAUCAUUUUCUUAUGGCUGCUGCCACUGACAACUAGCAGCUUGGUGACAUCGGGCCAGAAUCAAGACUUCACUCAUGUGAUGACAGGCGAGGUAACAGGAAGUAUGUUCACUCAGGGCUAUCUGACAGCACAAGAGGCAUCCAGCUUACAUCCAGUGUCAGAAGUCUCAGGUCACAACAUAAGAUCAUCCUUUACAGCUGGUACGAAUCCAUCAGAGGAAAAAACUACAACACCCAGCAGGAAACCUCCAACAACAUCUUCUAACACAUUCUCCUCUGUCAAUCAGACAGCAGCAACUCCAACCAGUUCCAUACUGUCUCUGUUAAACAGCUCAACAGUUGGUGCCAAGCAACCAACAACUACAAGGGUUCCUCCAAUACUAAGCAGCUCCACCCAAAGUCCAGACACAGGAAGUGACAGAAUGACCCCUGCAUCCACACAGCUCAUCUUGACUGUGACCCCCUCUGCCAAGCCUGCUGUCAAGUCUACAAGUACAAGCCCAGUCACAGGUGGUGAUGCUACACACCCCACAGCUUCAUACAAAACUUCACUGGCCACAUCGAAGACAUCGUUCAUCAGCAUCACCAGGGCCAAGAAAAGACAAGAUCCACCAAAAGAAAAGCCCAACAGGGGAGUAAGCCACGGUAAAGCAGUGGCAUGGAUAAUAGGUGGAGCCCUGGUACUGAUGAUGGUAGGAUUCCUGGUCAUCUUUAUAAAGAAACGGAAGCUUCAGAAGCAGCAGAUAACGACCACAGACUGGGCCGGUCCUUCACCAUUUCUAGAGGAUGGAGCCGACAACGGCUUCGUAACGCUGAGGCCAUCUAACCGAAUCUCUCUCUCCAGCUUCCUACCUCAGAGGCUGUCCAAAAGGUUGUCCUUACUCCCAGAAACAGAGGAGGAGUUAGAGGACAUGACCCCAGGUACUACAUUUGGAGAGAAACGUCAAGGGAAUACAUCUGGUCAACAGCUGGAUGGAAGUACUGUACCAGAAAGCAAUGGGACUGCUGCAGAUGUUCCAGGAAUGAAAAGCACAGGAGACGUUCCAGAGACUGUUGAAACCUCUCCACAGAAUUGGUUUCUGCUCUCCACAGAAAACAAUUCAGAAGUUGCAAACCUCAGUCCAAAUCCUCAUCCUCCAUCCGGAGUGGUGGACAAUGCUACAGCACAACAGAAUGAUGGCAUGGGCCAAACUUCAGAGAACUGAAACCCCAAACAGUUCAACACAUCCAGCAGACGUGUGCAUUACUUAAAGCUGCAUUUUCAUUGGUUUCUAGGCAACAGCAACUGUGACUGAGAAAACAGGAAACGGGCCAACUGAUCAUCGUUUGAGGAAAUCUAAAAAUGUUUAUCUUGGUCUCUGCUGCAAAAAAGAUGUGUAAUAUCAAAGAAAAGAAACUAGAUUUUAAGUCAUAUUAUUAAUGUUAGAGCCAUGAGACAGGUUACUGGAUCCUUUACUGUGCCUCUCACACCAGACAAGCAUGCAUUUAUCUUUCAGCUGAUGAAAAAGCAGAAGGAAACAUGUUGGUGAGAAGGAGCAGUAACAUUGUUUCAUUUAUAAUCUGUAAAUACCGAAUACAAACAUUUGCAUUUUCUGCAGAGGAAGUUUCAAAGUGUGAAAAAGGACUGACUCAUGUUUCAUCUGACACAAACAAGACUGCACCAUCUUUGCUUGAUUCACUGUCUGCAGAGUGCAGUUUUUCUUUAUAAACAUACAGAGCACAUCACAGUUAGCUUGUACAAUAAGUCAAAAAAUGCUAUUACAGACUGUUUUGUGUGCCAGCGGAGCCAUGGGCACCACCAUCAUAAAACAGAAACCACUGUCAGACACACACACCAUCUUCCCCAGACUCAGCACUUUUCAGUUCCCAGCUGCAACAACUGCCGACUGUCAGGGUCUCUCUCUGGAAACUCACAUGAAGCUUUGUGAGAUGACGCGCACUGAACAACGGCCGACCAACGACUGAACAACUACUGAACAGCGGCCGAACAACAACUGAACAACGACCGAACAAUGACUGAACAAUGACUGAACAACGGCCGAACAAUGACUGAACAAUGACUGAACAACAACUGAACAACGACUGAACAAUGACUGAACAACCACUGAACAAUGACUGAACAACAACUGAACAACGACUGAACAACAAACUGAACAACGGCCGAACAACAACUGAACAAUGACUGAACAGCGGCCGACCAACGACUGAACAACAACUGAACAACGGCCGAACAACAACUGAACAACGACUGAACAACGGACGAACAAUGACUGAACAAUGACUGAACAACAACUGAACAACGACUGAACAAUGGCCGACCAACGGCCGAACAAUGACUGAACAAUGACUGAACAAUGACUGAACAACGGCCGAACAAUGACUGAACAAUGACUAAACAAUGACUGAACAACAACUGAACAAUGACUGAACAACGGCCGAACAAUGACUGAACAACAACUGAACAACAACUGAACAACGACUGAAAAACAACUGUAAAAUGACUGAACAACGGCCGAACAAUGACUGAACAACAACUGAACAAUGACUGAACAACGACUGAACAAUGACUGAACAAUGGCCGAACAAUGACUGAACAAUGACUGAACAACAACUGAACAACGACUGAAAAACAACUGUAAAAUGACUGAACAACGGCCGAACAAUGACUGAACAACAACUGAACAAUGACUGAACAACGGCCGAACAAUGACUGAACAAUGACUAAACAAUGACUGAACAACAACUGAACAAUGACUGAACAACGGCCGAACAAUGACUGAACAAUGACUGAACAACAACUGAACAAUGACUGAACAACGGCCGAUCAACGACUGAACAACAACUGAACAAUGACUGAACAACAACAACUGAACAACGACUGAACAACAACUGAAAAGCGGCCG